CCUCUUGAGUUCAAGGGAAGCAAAGAUAAACACUCAGAAAUGGCUUCUUCAGUGAUGUCCUCAGCAGCUGUUGCCACCCGCGGCAAUGGUGCACAAGCCAGCAUGGUUGCACCCUUCACUGGCCUCAAGUCCACCGCCUCUUUCCCUGUUUCAAGGAAGCAAAACCUUGACAUUACCUCCAUUGCUAGCAAUGGUGGAAGAGUCAGAUGCAUGCAGGUGUGGCCACCAAUUAACAUGAAGAAGUACGAGACUCUCUCAUACCUUCCUGAUUUAUCCGACGAGCAAUUGCUCAAGGAAGUUGAGUACCUAUUGAAAAAUGGAUGGGUUCCUUGCUUGGAAUUCGAGACUGAGCACGGAUUUGUGUACCGUGAGAACAACAAGUCACCAGGAUACUACGAUGGCAGAUACUGGACCAUGUGGAAGUUGCCCAUGUUCGGGUGUACUGAUGCAACCCAGGUCUUGGCUGAGGUGGAGGAGGCAAAGAAGGCUUACCCACAGGCAUGGAUCCGUAUCAUCGGAUUCGACAACGUUCGUCAAGUGCAGUGCAUCAGUUUCAUUGCUUACAAGCCCGAAGGAUACUAAAAUGCCAAGUUUUAAUUAAUGUAAUGUAUAACUGACCCUAUGUAUUUAGGGGAAGCUUGUUUGAAUCCUCCUUAAGUUUUUCCCUGGAGAAACUGUAUUAAUUUUACGUUGUUGUUUCCCUUCAUCUUUCGAAUUAAUGGCAUUUGUUUUAAUACUAA